AGUUUGAUUAUCAUGAUGUAGUACAUCCACAACUUGGGUGUGCCGAAAGACUGGGAGUUUGUGGAUGUUUAUGGGCUGGACGCAGAACUGCUCAUGAUGGUGCCCCGACCUGUGAUCGCAGUCAUGCUGCUCUACCCCAUCACAGAACAGUCUGAGUCUGCUGAGAAUAAGCUGGGUGAGGAAAAGCAGAAUGUGGGUGGUGUGUACUACAUGAAACAGACUGUUGGCAAUGCAUGUGGAACAGUAGCAGUUAUACAUGCCCUCGCUAACAAUCAAAACUCAAUCAACUUUGAAGACAAUAAACAUUUCAACAAGUUUUUAGAAGACACGCUUGGUAAAGAACCCAAUGAGAUUGCAAAUAUUCUGGAAAAUGAUUCGGCGAUGGGAGCAGCUCAUGAUGACACUGCACAGGAGGGACAGACAGAGGCACCUUCCAGAGAUGACAAGAUUAACACACACUUCAUUGCGUUUGUGUGCAGAGAAGAAGGCCUCUAUGAACUAGAUGGAAGGAAAUCGGGACCAGUAUUUCACGGCAAAACCACGCCAGACUCUUUACUAGAGGAUGCUAUUGAGGUGGUUCGGAAGUUCAUGGCCAGGGACCCCACUCAACUCAACUUUACCCUGAUGGCGCUUGCUAACGUCUCCUAGUGCGCUGGUUUACAUCUCCUUGUGAGCUAGCUGACAUCUCCUUUUGAGCUAGCAAACAUCUUCUAGACAUUGGGAAACAUCACAUAUUUAUUUUGUCAACUUCGGCUAUGGAACCUUCACAUGUACAACUCUUAUGUGAUGCUUUCAGGAGCAAUAUUAUUCCUCUGCAGGAUUGGGGAGAUUUGUCAAUCUGAUGCGGAACAAGAUUAGGACUGCUUCAUCUAUUUUCUGAGACAGUUGCUACUUUGUUUGGUGGAAUAUAUUAUGGAAUAUUCCUGUUAGGAUUUAGGUUAUAUAUAAAUCAGACUGCAAUAUUAAUUUUGAAUGUUACAGAUAUAUAACACAUUAUUGAUUUUGAAUAUUACAGAUAUAACUGCUCUGGGGCUGUAUUCAUAAAUUAGCUUUGGUUGAAUUUUCAAUUUUAGUAUUAAAUUGCCUUCUUUUGUAAGCUAAAUUUGAAGAAAAAUAGCAAUGUUUGUACAAUAAAAAUAUGCAAGACAAAAAUCAAUCUCGAUUAUGAAAACAUAUUAUGAAAAGUGGAGGGGAUUUAAGGUAAAUGUUGUCGAAAAAUGGACAUUUUCACUACGAUGUCUUUAAUAUGAAUAUGGCUCCUGGUGUGUGCUGUUGAGUUUCUUAAAUAUGUGUUUAUAUGAACUAUCUGUAAAACAAAGAAUGCCAUAAUGCAUGAGUUUCUAAAUGAAAUCCCCAAAGAGCGUUAAAUAAUUAUACCAUUUUGAUAUUCGUUUGAUAUCCAUUAUCUACAUAAGCCAAGGCUGUAUGUAUAAUAAAUCAGAUUCAAUUGCUCCGAGGUAUUUUCUGUGUCAGAUUUGUUCAUAACCUUGUGACAUUAAUUAAUUCUACAGCUUAAGGCUUAACUUUUCAUUUGGUUUAUUAGCACUGGGAAUAUAUUGAAUGAAUUAGGAACACAAGCAGAUUUAGGAUAGGGAGAGGGGACGGAUCGCACCAGGCAUUUCUGGUUUGAAAUUGUUAAGAUUUUUCUUGGGGGAAUACCCUCAAACUCCCCUUGCCAACAUUUUGAAAACCGCAUAAAUUUUGGUUUUGUGAAUGGUGCGAAAAUGAAAAAGUUGUGUCGGUAAGUUAGGCCCCCUCUUACAUUAAUUCCUGUAUAUGCCCUUGGGGAUUAAUAAUUUAUUAUAAGAAAUACAAAUCUCAAUGCCCGCAGACUUGCCAAAUUUUAUGCAUCAUUUUUCGACUGGUAUACUAUUUAUUCUUUAAUUCAAAAUAUUAAUAAAGUCUUGGUGAGACAGAAUGAUUAAGUAUGCAAAUAUAAAGUGUCUGUUUAUAUUGCAUUGUUUCUGAUAUUAAAAAUAAGAACACCAACAAAAAAGUCACUUGUGUGUUGACCUCAACUGACAGUAUAUCACUUAAUAAAAUGUCAUUAUAGAAUCUUAAUAUAGCUUCAUGAAUUAUUAUCAACAGCGGAUCAAGGGGUGGGUGGGGGAGGCAGUAAGGUCCCCCCUCAAAUUUCCAAGUCUUUAUUUCAUGUCAUUAUGGUAGAGAAAAUAUGCAUAAAUUACAAUCCACCAUUUUAUAAUAAAAUAACAGAAAUAUUUCGUGGGAAAGGACACCCCAAACCCCACUUGCCAUGUUUAGAGCCUAUUUUGUGGGAUCCUGGGGAACAAAGUGCAUGCACGACCAAAGUUGCACUCCUUAAGUGCUAACCCUCAAGGUCAAACCCUGGAUCCACCCCUGAUUAUGACAGAAAAAAGUAAUCCAUUUUCGUAAGAAUUCAGACAAAUUCUCCAGAAAUAGUUGUGGUUUUCUCGGAAUAUUAAAACCCAUGGGAAUAUAAAAGUGGAAGCAUUAAUUCUCAAGAAAUUUCAAGGGAGUCCUUUACAUGAAAAAGAACACAAGUUCUGACAAUUAAUUGAGAACACCUCUUAAAUAAUUCUAUUACAAAAACCUUCUGUGUUUGUGUGAUGUAUGUACUUUUCUAUAUCAAACGGUCUUAUGUGGGUUAAUUACACACUUUUAUUUCACUGUUUCUUUUUUAAACAACUUGUUACAGAAGGUUUAAAUCCAUAAAUCCUCUUAAGAACUUAGGUGAAAUUUAUAUGACUUGGUACAUAGCUGAUGUCAACAUAAAAGGCCACAGUAUGAGUUUAUGCAAAGUAAAUGGAAAGAGAUAAAAAUAUAAGCAAUAUGUUGGUGCUUUUUUAACUGGGGAUUUUGUGGCCACAGCUAAUUAUUAAAGGAACCAGUUUAUAGAGGCUACUAUUUUUUUUAUCUUUACACAAAUCAUAUGGGUUGUUUUUGUUUUGAUCAUUUAAGUCAAAUGAAUUAAACAUAAUAAUGCAUUAAAAUAAAAAUUUGUUUUCGCAUCAAGCUAUAUUGUGUCCCUUUAAAGGGUCUGCAGUCAUUAAAGGGGGUCUCUCACAGGUGAAUGUUAAAAAAAAUAUGUUCAUGUAUUCUGGAACCGACUGCAGUAAAUGAUGAGUUGUCAUUAUAAAAUUGAAGUUAAAAUAAGGGUUUUUAAAUAUUUGAAAAUGAAACAGAAAAUCCUUCAUUUCAUGUUAAGUCGAAAAUUGGAUGAUUAUAGACAAGAAUUUACAAAAAGCUAUUGUCCGAUACUGUUUGGUGUUAAAUGAAUUUAUAGAUAUGCAAAAAAAUACAGACAUAAAAAAGAUAUUUGUGAGAGAUCCCCAUAAAAACAAUAAAUGGGUUUUCAUUCAUUCAGCCAUUUUUGCAACAGCUUCUAUAACAGUAUCAUCCUUUUUACAUAGGACAUCAAUAAUUCCUAUUAAUGGCCUUUUGCUUUUUAUGCUUUGGUUGUAUGUAGCUUAAUUGCAGAAAAAAUAUCAAAUAUUCAUGAAAACUGGUAAAAGGAAUGUUCCUUAUAUUUAAUGGUCAGGCAUCUGUGAAAGUAUUCGAAUAAAAAAUACUGGUCCACUUGUUGAAAUGUUAAUAAAACAGUAUUUAAUUUGA